CAAAGGCAGGCGAAUGAAAUAUAAAAAUGGAGUGGCACCGGCACAUUCGCCGUAGCAAGAAUAGGGAAGAAUGGCAGGGUUGUUCGACAAGCAGGCGGAGUUCUACUUGGAUGCUCGCCCUAAUUAUCCCCCACACUGGUAUUCUAAGUUGGCCGCUCUCACUCCGCACCACUCUUUGGCUUGGGAUGUCGGCACCGGCAACGGUCAAGCCGCUCUCGGUGUAGCUGAGCAUUAUGAGCAGGUGAUUGCGACUGAUGUGAGCGAAGCCCAACUGAAAUGUGCCAUUCCACAUCCCCGGGUCAAAUACCUGCACACCCCCUUAUCUCUCCCCGAUGAUGAAAUAGUGAGGUUGAUAGGGGGCGAGGGUUCGGUUGAUUUGGUGACUGUGGCUCAAGCUGUCCACUGGUUCGACCUCCCAACCUUCUACCCUCUAGUAGCUCGCCUGCUAAGAAAGCCAGGGGGUGUAUUUGCUGUUUGGGGCUACAAUGACAUUGCAGUUAGUCCUACGUUUGACCCAGUGAUGAAGCGCUUCCACGACACCACUCUUCCCUUCUGGAAUGAAAAGAUCCAAUACAUAUUUGAUGGGUACAAGACUCUGCCGUUCCCUUUUGAGAGUGUGGGGUUGGGGUGUGAGGGCCAGCCAGUGUCACUGGACAUACCCAAGAAGUUGUCAUUUGAUGGGUUUUUGAGGAUGUUGAGGUCAUGGUCUGCAGUAACCACGGCUAAGGACCGAGGCAUAGACCUGUUAUCGGAACGGGUGGUGAAAGAGUUUGAAACUGCCUGGGGUGGCUCCCGGGUGGUUCCAUCAGUCACCUACAACGCUUUUAUGCUUGCAGGGAAAGUCAAGCUGUAACCGUUAGUCUCUAAUAACCCACCUUGUUGUACUGCUUCAAAUAAACUCUCUAAACAGUAGUUUUCUUUCUUGUUGAGGAAUUGUUUUUCCACAACAGAAUGAGGUUAAAAAUCUAGUCCAAUUUUCAUCUGAAA